UUGGCUGCAGACUGUGAGAACCUCCAGCAAACUCCAGACUCACACAUUCAUAUGGAGAUUUGGGAGUAUAAAUAGAGGGAGAGGAGAGAGAGCUGAGCACAGAUCUGAUCUGAUCCUAACGGAGAACUGAACUAAAGACACAGCCAUGGCACCUACAAUCUCUGGAUCAAUCAUCAGCAGAGAACAACUUCCACUCUCAAACAAGCUGAGAAAGCCAAUAGUGGAGAAGAUCCGCAGAGAACGAAUCAACAGCAGCAUUGAGAAGCUCAAGUCUCUUCUGGGUCAAGAGUUCCUAAAGCAACAGCCCGACUCCAGACAGGAGAAAGCUGAAAUCCUGGAGAUGACGCUUGAUUUCUUGAGACGCCAGCAGCGCUCCCAGAAUCCCUCGGCCUGCAGCUCUACUGCAGCUCGUGACGGACGCUCCAGAUGUGUGCAGGAGGCCGUCAACCUCCUGUCUCAGUGUCCAGUGCAGACUGAGUCCCACAGAAGACUGCUGAAGCACUUCCUGCACAUGCAGCCCUACACAGAGAACAACACACGUGUGCCGCCUCAGCUCAAUUCACCAGCCGCACAGAGCAGCAGCAAAGAGCAAACUCUGGAGCUCUGGAGACCCUGGUAA